AUGGCUUGUUUCACUCCUUUCCACUGUAUUGUAUAUCUGCUCAUGUUUACUGCAACUCCCAUGGUUUACAGCAACUUCUACUCCGAUGUAGACGUCAACUGGGGCAAAGAACAUGUUAAAAUACUCAACAAUGGCCAGGAAUUGCAGCUUAUUCUCGAAAAGCCCAUUGGCUCUUUAAUCCAAUCAAAACAAGAAUUUUUGUUUGGAAAAUUUGACAUACAAAAGUGCCCGGAAAUUCUGCAGGAACAGUUACUACAUUUUAUCAACUUCUACUCAGAUGUAGACGUCAACUGGGGCAAAGAACAUGUUAAAAUACUCAACAAUGGCCAGGACUUGCAGCUUAUUCUCGAAAAGCCCGAUGUGUUCAUCGCAUGUUCUUUAAUCCAAUCAAAACAAGAAUUUUUGUUUGGAAAAUUUGACAUACGUAAGAAGCUAGUGCCCGGAAAUUCUGCAGGAACAGUUACUACAUUUUAUGUGAGUUCAACUGGAGAGCCCCACGAUGAGAUCGACAUGGAAUUCCUGGGAAACACUUCAGGGCAGCCGUAUCUAUUGCACACCAACAUCUUCUCUCAAGGCAAAGGACAUCGGGAACAACAAUUUUACUUAUGGUUUGACCCCACUGCCGACUUCAAUACUUACACAAUAAUCUGGAACCCAUCUCAGAUCACGAUAAUGGUAGGAGGAGUGCCCAUCAGAGUGUUUCACAACCAUGAAAGGGAAGGCAUACCAUAUUUGAAUGAGAAGCCAAUGAGAAUGUUUUCAAGCCUGUGGAACGGAGAGGACUGGGCAACACAAGGAGGCAGAGUGAAAGUUGAUUGGUCUAGUGCACCCUUUGUGGCCUCCUUGACUGAUUUAUCUCUUGCAGGUUGUGUGUGGAAUGCCAACGACUAUAAUGGUAGCCUUGCACGGUGUUCCUCCACUACCCAAGGAAAUAACUGGUGGAAUGGUCCAGAGUAUUCAAGCUUGAACAAUACCCAGCAGGAAUCGAUGAAAUGGGUUAGGGAUAACUAUCUUGUUUAUGAUUAUUGUGAUGAUUUACCCAAGUUCAAUAAUACUCAACUCCCUGCUGAAUGCUCCUUCUAA